GGAUAGUGUGUGAAGUGGAAAGGCAAUGAUAACAAGGACAUUGUCAUCAUUUUCGUAUUUUGACGCAUAGUGGCUAAUUGGGCCUACGCCGACGAAGAACAAGGCCAGCCUAUAAUUAACGUGGAAAGUAGCCAGCUAAGCUAGCGAGCUCCAUGCAUAUUUUAUUUUGUGGCAGUCUUGACAUGCACUUCGGGAUGUGAGAUGUGAACAGUGUCAUUUUAUCACCAUGUUAUGCCAAUAAUAUUUGGAUAUAAUAAUGUUUCCCACGGAUAUCGCUUUACUCCUUUGAUAUCCACUGGAACAAGGACCUUUAGCGCAAUAUUGUCUCCGCUGUCCCCAGUCCACGAAUCACCCUGCGCCGUUGGGACAUGAAGAAUGUAUCCUGCGUUACCAAAGAAUGACUUGGAAGUAGCGAUGAGGGGCUCUAGAGGAAGCUGCCUGUCGUCGCUGUGGAUCCAGUAGCCCAGAAGCUCCGUGUAUGUGAGCGUGUGUGUGUGUGCUGUGCGUGUGCACGUGCACCUAUGUGAGUGUGUGUAUGCGUGUGUGAGUGUGCAUGCCAGCACAGCCUGCUGUCUUCAGGCACCAACAUGCUACUUUGAAACGGUGCUUGGAACCGUCUUUCCUGGAAAAAAGCAAAGUGCGGAGUCCUCCACAGAAAAAUAAGACUCGACACGUCCUGGAUUGACGUCAACUCUUAACAGAAACAAACCAUUGUGCAUACACUGUGUGUGUGCCCGUGUGUGUACCUACAUAUAUUCCAAUAUAUACAGCAAACCAGGGUUUUUUCCCUCCUCCCUCUGUUGUGCUGUGGCCUCCCUCCCUAUACUUUCCCCUGGUAGUUGUUUCGGCGCCUUUCUGAUUUGCAUGGCAGGGGUGUAACCGUGGAGAGGCCAGGGUAUCACAAGCUUAUGGAUUUUGAUAAGAGGGGAGGGAAGGCCGAGGCAGAGGAAGGGAAAAGGAUGUCAAAGGCGGCUGGCAGCAGGACUGGACAUGGCCGGAGCACAGGGACCAACUCUGGGGUUCUCAUGGUUGGCCCCAACUUUCGAGUGGGGAAAAAGAUUGGCUGCGGCAACUUCGGAGAGCUGCGACUGGGGAAGAACCUCUACACCAAUGAAUAUGUGGCCAUCAAAUUGGAACCCAUUAAGUCCAGAGCACCACAGCUUCACUUGGAAUAUAGAUUUUAUAAACAGUUGGGAAAUUCAGCAGAGGGCAUCCCUCAGGUGUACUACUUUGGCCCAUGCGGGAAGUACAACGCCAUGGUGCUGGAGCUGCUGGGGCCCAGCCUGGAGGACCUGUUCGACCUCUGCGACCGCACCUUCUCCCUCAAGACCGUCCUCAUGAUCGCCAUACAGCUGAUAACGCGGAUGGAGUACGUCCACACCAGAAGCCUGAUCUACCGCGACGUGAAGCCCGAGAACUUCCUGGUGGGGCGGCCGGGCAGCAAGCGGCAGCACACCAUCCACAUCAUCGACUUCGGCCUGGCCAAAGAAUACAUCGACCCCGAGACCAAAAAACACAUCCCAUACCGGGAGCACAAGAGCCUGACGGGCACGGCCAGAUACAUGAGCAUCAACACGCACCUGGGCAAAGAGCAAAGCAGAAGGGAUGAUCUGGAGGCUCUGGGUCACAUGUUCAUGUACUUCCUGCGAGGGAGUCUGCCAUGGCAAGGCCUGAAGGCGGACACGCUGAAGGAGCGCUACCAGAAGAUCGGAGACACCAAGAGGGCCACUCCGAUUGAGGUGCUCUGCGAAAGUUUCCCAGAAGAGAUGGCCACUUACCUGCGCUACGUGCGGCGGCUCGACUUCUUUGAGAAGCCUGACUAUGAUUACCUGCGGAAGCUCUUCACUGACCUGUUUGACAGAAACGGCUAUGUCUUUGAUUACGAAUAUGACUGGGUCGGCAAGCCACUCCCCACACCCAUCGGCCCCAUCCCGAGCGACACGCCCCAGCCCAGCAGCAGGGACAAAGCACAACAGCAGACCAAAAACCAGUCGCCCGAGCCCAGAGGAAGUGAGUCUCAGCCCACUCCAGUGACCAUUAAGGAGACGCUGGGGUCGCAUCUCACAGCUGAUAGGCUGGGGGGCUCAGUGCAGGUGAUGAGCUCGACAAAUGGAGAGCUGAAUACUGACGACCCCACCGCAGGACACUCCAACGCCCCCAUCACCGCCCCCACUGAGGUGGAAGUGGCUGACGAUACAAAGUGCUGUUGUUUCUUCAAAAGGAGAAAGAGGAAAGCGCUCCAGCGACACAAGUGAAGAGAUGGGUCUCGUCGGGCGAGAACUUGAAAACAUUCUGGUCACUGUCAAGUUUUAAAUGGAAGCAAAAUACACACAGAUCACCCGUUUCUCUCUCUUUCUUUUCCCCCUCAAACUUCUCCCACCCCAACCCCUCUUCAGUACACUCCCUGCCCUGCCCUGCCCUCCAACCCACUACCCCUCCUAUACCCCCUGCUGUCCCACCUCUUUUUUUGUUCCUCUUCUCACGUUAUCUUUCAUCAGCGCUCACACUAUCGGAGCGCAAAAAGGAAAGUUGUUGGUCCACGGGCAAACACAACAGACUUUUAUUCCUUUACAAUGAGAAAAUAAAGACAGCAACAUAAAUACAUGUGUUUAAAAAGGGGGAGGGAAGGGGUUGAAAAUGUGUUAAAAUUUAAACAAAAACAAAAAAACAAAGAAUAGAAAAAAGAAACAUUAACUACAAUACACAACCACCGUGGCGUGAAUAUAAAAAAGAGAUACUGUUUGAAACAGUUGUUGUAUUCUAGAUUCCAUGCUGAACAUUUACUGUUGGGCUGUGGUUGGCACGAACGAGAACGUGAAGGGAGGGUUUGCGUGACGAUUGAUCUAGGCAUAGACCUUUAUAUGUGGGAACUUGGGGAGGCAAGAACGAACUAUUAUGAUGACAAAGAAUCAAGAAAGCAACAGGACGCUGUUCAUCUCAGCCUCAAUUGGAAGAUUUUAAUUUUUUUUCGUCAUUUAUUUUUUGUUUUGUUUUUGUUUUCUUUUUUUUUCCUUUUGUAAAUGUAAUCUGAAGUUUGGUUUCAAAAUGUCUCCUUUGGUUGCAAAACAGAAACUUUUACCUUAAUGUUGUAGUGCUCUGGAAUUCAUUUUUUUCUUUUUCUGUUUUUUAUUUUUCCAUUCUUUUUCUGUCAAAAUGGACUCUGUAGCACAGUCACUGGCCUCAGGUACUGUGGAAGAUGGGGAGAGCCUCGAAUAUAAGUCUCCCCUCUUGUUGCACUUUUGGGGAAAAAAGAGACAAAAUAACAGUGGAAUUCUGGGUUUGAAAUUAACAGACGGGAAACCAACUAAAUAAAGACUGAUUUAGGAAGAUUCCUACACAAGGCUGAUAAAUCUGUACACGGGCCGAGAUGUUCAUUUAGAAGGAAACGAGAAAACAAAUGUCUUUUCAGUUUUUAUGUCUCACUUCAGAAUAAUUUACCAGGAAAAUCAUAGUUUGUGCCUUUCCAAGUAAAAUGUUUAAAGCUCAAUGCAAGUGUCUUGCAAUGACAUUUCAUCUGGUUUGGUUGUGAUAUGAAGGCUCUACAAGCUAUCUGUCUGUCUGGCUGUGUGUGUGAGUGUGCGUGCAGUUGCCUCUACCCCCUUCUGCAUACAAAUGUAUGGCCGCGCCCCUGUGUAUAUAUAUAUCCAAUACAUGAUCCUACAAGAGGUUCCCCUACCUGUCUGCCAUGGCCUCCGUCUCUGCUCUGACAAUCAAAGUAUAUAGUAUAUACGUUCAGCAGUUAAGCCUGGUAUGCCGCCUAGUACUGUAUGUGGAAACGCAUCAGUAAAUCUGGAGAACUAGCAGGAACAAUUAGGGGGUCAUUUGUAAUACUUAGUUUUCUAUCUUUCCAGAAUCUAACCUUUUAGGUUCUCUUUGGGGACCAGGAUUUCAGUGGACUGCAAGUAUAUAAAGUAUCUGCAAGGUUCUGGACAUGUGUAUGUAAAUAUGCUUGCUGCCAAUGACUGAAGCUGCUGCUGCUGCUAAUGCCGCGUGUCUUGUAUUGGAUUUUGCUUCAUGCUCAAAUCUGGACACAGAUAAUUAUGCCUCCAGCAUUUGUGCAGGACUGUGAACAUCUUGAUCACUGUAAAAUGCUCUACUUGGUCUAAUCUCAAAUGUUUGUGCAGGAGUGUUAUUUGGUCCUCUGCUCUGGGGUGAUCGAUUUCAUGGGAGUAAAAAAAAAAUAUAUUACCUGUACAGUU